AUGUUGUCGCAUAUGCACAACCUUAAGGUCGUUGCUGUCGCCAAAAAUUAUUUGACUGGUCAAAUUCCACCAUAUUUGUUCAAUAACACGCCUUCCUUGACGGUCAUCGAUUUUGGAAAUAACAACAUGUCAGGUCCUAUACCACACACCAUUGCAUCUUUAUCCAUGCUGGAGUACCUCAACCUACAAAUUAAUCAAUUUUCCGGCCUAGUGCCACAGGCCAUUUACAACAUGUCUAGUCUACAAAACAUUGUACUCGCCGGAAAUAACUUAACUGGAAUGUUUCCGGGGAAUCAAAGUUUCGGCCUCCCAGUGUUGCAAAUUUUUUCAAUAGAUAAUAAUAAUUUUUUUGGUCAAUUUCCGGUAGGGCUUGCAUCAUGCCAGUACCUGCAGGUAAUUGAUCUGGGUGAAAAUUCUUUUGUGGAUGUUGUUCCGACAUGGUUAGCCAAUUUGCCAUACCUAGAACAACUAUUCUUAGGUUUUAGUGGCCUUACUGGUUCAAUCCCAACUGCUCUCAGCAAUUUCACCAGUCUUACUGAUCUAGAUAUAUCCAACGGAAACCUCAUAGGGGAGAUUCCACCAGAAUUAGGUCUUAUGCAUGAACUCUCGUAUAUGUACCUUGGAGGCAACAAAUUGACAGGUAAAAUUCCAGCUUCCCUUGGCAACCUAUCCAAUUUGUAUUUCCUUUCUUUGGGAAGUAAUCAAUUGUCCGGUCAAGUACCAACAACAAUUGGAGAAAAUUCGGCUCUAAACACGCUUGAUUUGACAAACAACAAUUUAGAGGGAAAUAUAGACUUCUUAUCAACUCUUUCCAAGUGCAGGGAACUCCAACUCCUUAUGAUACAGUCUAAUUAUUUCACAGGCGUCCUCCAUGGCCAUGUGGGGAACCUUAGUUCACAACUAAUCACUUUUACUACGGGUGACAACAAGUUAACCGGUGGAAUUCCAACAACAAUUUCAAACUUAACUAACCUUCAACGGAUAGAUCUUAGUAACAACUUCUUCACCGAGCCAAUCUCAGAAUCCAUCGGUAUGUUGGAAAAUCUGGUAUUGCUUGAUAUUUCUCACAAUGAAAUGUUAGGCUCUAUCCCAACACAAAUAGGUAUGCUUGGGAGUCUACAACGUUUGUUUCUCCAAGGAAACAAAAUUUUAGGAUCCAUACCAAACAACUUUGGUAAUCUAACUUUGUUAGAAUACAUCGACUUGUCCAGUAACAAUUUAAGUUCCAUGAUACCCACGAGCUUUUUCCAUCUAGAUAAACUGAUCAAACUAGACUUUUCUCAGAAUUCCUUUGUCGGUGCACUACCAGCUGAUGUUUCUGGUCUAAGACAAACCAAUUACAUGGACGUUGCUUCCAACUUCUUGAUUGGAAGCAUCCCAAAUUCAUUCGGACAACUUACUAUGCUAACCUACCUAAAUUUGUCACAUAACUCUUUUGACAAUUCAAUUCCUUCCCCACUUGAAAAGCUAAAAAGUUUAGCAUCAUUAGACCUCUCAUUUAAUAAUCUCUCUGGCACCAUUCCCAUGUUUCUUGCCAACUUUACCUACUUGACUACCUUGAACCUCUCAUUCAAUAGUCUAGAAGGCCAAAUACCCGAGGGGGGUGUUUUCUCAAACCUCACCUCGGAAUCUUUGGUUGGCAAUGUUGGGCUAUGUGGGAACACACGCCUAAGAUUUCCGCCAUGCCACAACAGAUCCCCCACAAGUAAAAGACACUUGCUUCUGUUUCUACUCCCAAUACUUGCAUUAGCUUUUGGCGCCAUAGCCAUUUUUCUAUUCCUAUGGACUCGAAGGAAACUUAAGAGAGGAGAUGACGAAACUUCUGUUGAUCCACCUGAUGUCAUAGGACAUCAGAUUAUCUCCUAUCGUGAGCUCAUUCGUGCCACCAAUAAUUUUAGUGAAGAUAUCAUAUUGGGGUCCGGAAGCUUUGGAAAAGUAUUCAAGGGUCAAUUGAGCAAUGGUUUGGUUGUAGCGAUAAAAGUUCUUGACAUGCGGCUGGAGCAAGCCAUCCAAAGUUUUGAUGCCGAGUGUCAAGUGCUUCGCAUGGUGCGACACCGUAAUCUGAUAAAGAUAGUCAAUACAUGUUCCAACCUGGACUUCCGAGCACUGGUACUUCAGUACAUGCCCAAAGGCAACUUAGAGAUGCUCCUACACCAGUCUCAGAGUGCAGGGUGCUUGGGAUUUCUUGACAGACUAAGCAUCAUGCUCGAUGUAUCGAUGGCAAUGAAUUAUCUACACCACGAGCACUACGAGUUGAUAUUGCAUUGUGACCUUAAGCCUAGCAAUGUGUUGUUUGAUGAGGAGAUGACAGCGCAUGUGGCGGACUUUGGGAUUGCAAGAUUGCUUCUAGAGGACAACUCCAUCAUAAGUGCAAGCAUGCCUGGAACAGUUGGGUACAUGGCACCAGAGUACGGGUCACUUGGAAAAGCAUCAAGGAAGAGUGAUGUGUUUAGUUAUGGAAUCAUGAUCCUAGAAGUCUUCACUAGAAGGAGACCCACUGAUGGCACAUUCGGCGCACAACUAAACCUUAGGCCAUGGGUUCACAAUGCAUUUCCCACAAAGCUUGUCCAGGUCAUCGAUGGCCAGCUACUACAAGACUCAUCUCUUUCUAGUUGUGGCUUGGACAAUGGUUUUAUUGAGCCGGUAUUUGAGCUAGGUUUGGUUUGUACUAGUGACUCACCUAACCAGAGGAUGACUAUGCAUGAUGUGGUCGUGGCGCUGAAGAAGAUCAAAGCCGAAUACACCAAACAUGCAACAAAGAUGCCACCUUAUGCUACACAAUGA